UGGAACGGUGUGCCCCACCAUCACAACAUUGACAACAACACUGAAGGCCACGGUGGGAGGUGGGUGCCGUGUUCCUCGUCUUCCUUGUAAACCUGGAAGACAAGACGAGAUUAAAAGAAAACCGUGAUACAACGAAUAACAAUGGAGAGAUAAAGACAAAAACCUUACCACAGGAGAGGAAGGGCAAAGCAACACCCAGAGUGAGCCACAGUAACUUCCAAAAGGCCCUCCUGCUGGUGACCAUCGAAGAAGAGAAAUAAAAGCUCUUGGAGAAAAGGGGAAAAGUAAAAGCUCUGAGGAUAUCUACACAUUAAUUAAGGCGUCAUGUCGAAGGUGGCGGUGCACUGGUUCCGACACGGCCUGCGUCUCCAUGACAACCCCGCCCUGCUCGACGGUCUCAAGGAUGCUAAAAACUUCUACCCCGUCUUUAUAUUCGAUGGGGAGACUGCGGGGACAAAGAUCACUGGCUACAACCGUCAGCAGUAUUUGACAGAGUCUUUGAUUGACCUCGACAACCAGUUCCGCAGACAUGGGUAUCAGCUCCUCGUGUGUAAAGGGAGCCCAGUCGAGAUAUUUAAGACACUACACAGAGAAGUUGGCAUGACUCACCUUUCAUUUGAACAGGACUGUGAGGCAAUCUGGAACAAGCGAGAUGAUGCAGUGCGCCAGCUGUGCUCUGAGUUGGGCGUGACGGUGGUGGAGCGGAUCUCCCACACACUCUGGAACCCCUUUGAGAUCAUCGAGGCCAAUGGAGACCACCCGCCCACCACCUACGAGAUGUUUCUGCAAGUGGCACACACCUUGGGCCUGCCUCCCAAACCCUCCCCGAACCCUGACUUGGAGGACGUCACGUUUGGCGAGGUAUCUGAUGAAUUAGCGCUGAAAAUAAAGCUCUACCCCCAAGUGCCAUCACCGGAGGAGCAAAAAUACACACGCAAUGGGGAGUCACCAAUCUACAUUGGCGGAGAAACGGCUGCUUUGGCUCUCCUAAAGGACAGGCUCAUUGUGGAGGAAAAUGCCUUCAGAGAUGGCUACAUCCUCCCCAACCAGGUCAACCCCGAUCUGCUCGGCCCACCCUUGAGCAUGUCGGCAGCACUGAGGUUCGGAUGCCUGUCCGUCAGGAAGUUCUACUGGGAUGUGCAGGACACGUACGCAAAGGUGAACCGAGGAGAGGCGCCCACAUCACACUCCCUCACGGCUCAACUCAUCUGGAGGGAGUUCUUCUACUGCAUGUCUGCCAAUAAUCCAAAGUACAAUGUAAUGGAGGACAACCCCAUUUGCAUCCAAAUUCCUUGGUACAAGAACCCCAGCCAGCUGAAAGCCUGGGAGGAGGGGCGCACUGGCUACCCCUUCAUUGACGCAUGCAUGAGGCAGCUGAAGAAAGAGGGCUGGAUCCACCACGUGUGCCGGACAGCUGUGGCAUGCUUCCUGACGCGAGGGGACCUGUGGAUAUCAUGGGAGGAUGGCCUGGAGGUGUUCUAUAAGUACCUCAUUGAUGCCGACUGGUCCGUGUCGGCUGGCAACUGGAUGUGGGUGAGCUCCUCCGCCUUUGAACAGAGCCUUGACUGCUCGAUGUGUGUCUGCCCUGUUGAGUUUGGCCGCAGAGUUGAGCCCACCGGAGAUUACAUAAGGCAUUAUGUACCGGAGUUGGCCGAUAUGCCACAGGACUACAUCUUCAAGCCCUGGAGAGCCCCGUGUGAGGUUCAGAAAGCUUGUAACUGUGUCAUCGGCAAGGACUACCCCGAGCGUAUUGUUCGCCACAAGGAGGCCUCCAAGAACAACAGGAAGAUGAUGAAAAGUAUUCGGCACAAGCUCAAGAAUCCCCCGAUGCACUGCGCACCAUCCAAUGCUGAGGAGGCCAAGCAGUACCUCCGCCUGCCCAAGUCCUGCCUCCACAAUGUCCUGUAAAGCCAUCACUGUGCCACCCCCAACACACAAAAAUGACUUAUAGAGCUGUAGUGGCAGAGCUAGUCCAUUCUCAUUAGAUUUAAACCGGUGUAUUGUUUUCCCUGUUUGUUUGCAGCUCAUUAUGAUGUUGAGAGAAGGGGAAUGGCUAUCAGUGGGCAGAGUAAUGACAGAGGAAGGAGGAAAGGUGGAGCAGGAUACAGGAUAAGGCUGAGUGAGCUAAGGGAAGGAGAGAAGACACAGGGAAGCUAAAGGCAGGUAAGGGACAGGUAAAGGUACAGUAAGAUCUCGCAUCCAACAAGAAAUAGUUACCAAAAAAUACUCAUUAGAUGCAAAUUCGCUACAUGUGAACUUAUCAAAUGCAAGAUCUUACUGUAUUUAAAAUUUUUAUGUAGAUUUUUUAUGAUGAUACAUUUGCAUUUGUUUACUUUUGAUCACCAGAAUGUCUUCAAUGCAGUAAAAUUAUUGAAUAUCUGUAACUGAAAGAUUCAAGUUUGUUAAGAUGAUGGCACACUUAACACAUAUUGGGUUGCAGAGCAGGUGUAGACGUAGUGAUUUUCAAAGAUCCCAAUUAUCUCUCCAAAUAUAGUCUGGAUCAUCAGAAUUUAUUUACUAUAACUUGAAAUUGCUAGUUUCAAAUUUUUACAUAUUACAUUUAUAUAGAAUACACAUUUCCUCUCAUGGGGCAUAUUGGGAGAAGAUAUAUGUUGUGUUUAGUGUGUUUAUGCCGUAAAAUGUGACUGGAGAAUUGCAGACUACACGUGUUAGGCGUUACUGUUGUACUGACAGGGUUUGACUACUUCUCAAAAAAUGUGAGAUGUUGGUUGACUUGAGAGAGGAAGAAACCAUGAGAGGUGAAAAUAAUGACAGUAACAACCCUCAUGGGGGCACAUUAGAAUCUGCAACCUAGGAGAGACAUUCCUGUGUGCCAAUACAAACAUAAACUACAUCAGGGAAUGGUUCUUCUGCCAAAGUAUGUGGUUCAUGUGGACCGUGCAAUAUAAAACAUGUGGAUAUGAAUAUGGCAUGGAUAUGAAUUGUAGGGUUAUAUUCAUGUUCUACAGACACACAAAAAUUACUGACUGAUUGCUCAUUACAUCUGCCGUCAAUCCUGACUCUCAGGUGAUUGACUCAGAGAUUGUGAGGAGUUGACAAGUGUUGCCUUGACCUACAACCUAAUCCACUUUGGGAAGGUCAGAGUCAGAUAUGUGUGUAGUGCAGCUUAUGUACUAAGUCUGUUACUUUUAGAAAUUUGAAAUUCACUUUGUUCUGUGCCUCCGUGGCGAGGUGGUUAGUAUGCCUAGCUAUGAAUCCGUGGGCAUGAAUUUGAAUCCCAGCUGGGGCAGUUGGCAUGUAGCUCACCCAGUUGUUCAUCCCCACUUUCGGGCUGCUCAAUAAAUGGGUGCCUGAGGAAACUUGGGGAAGGUAAACUGUGGUAACCUGGAUGUCACACUGGCCCUGUGUCCCGGGGUAAAGGGUUCUUAUCCACUACAGGCUCAAGGGCCAAUACGAUGGAGAUGACCACUGAAGCCAUGCGUAGCUAUAGUGAAUGCCCCCAACUUAACCUAUAUUCAGGAGAGAGUACUUUCAUUCCUGCCAUUUCUUUACUACUCUGAAUACAUGUAGCCCUCUCAUAUUUAUGGCUAUAAUUAAAAAAGAGGAGCUACCUGUUUUGAUGGUAGGCAUGGCUUGUGGGCGUGUUUGUUUUUUGGGAGUGAGCCGUACAGUGACAAUCUUAGACUAAAGCUCACAGAUACAAAGAUAUUUAGAUGUAUAUGUGUUUUAUAUAGUGGAUCUUUGUAUGAUAGGCUUAAAGGUGUUAGGAUUGUAUAUUUUGAGUUUGGGAAGAAUGAGACCAGUAUAUGUUAUGGGGUGUGAGAUAAAGUAUAUUUAGGUGGCUUAGUAAUGUGAGGAAGAGAAUGGAGAAUAAUAAUAUGUUGAAUAGUGUGGGAAAUGUAACCAUUUAAUAGUUAUGAGUGGGAUACCAAAGAAUGCAUGGGAUGAGGUCAUGUGUAGAAGCCUCAGGGUGUUGUAUUAUUUCUGAACAGAGAUAUAGCUAACAAAUAAGCAGCAUAGAGAAUUAUCUUCCGGUGAAGAGGGCCAACGCUGCUCAUCAAAGCUUAAUUAAAUAUACCAUUUUACAGAUUAUUUUAUAAUUAACUGCUACACAAUAUAUGGGUAGCCCUGAUAGUUAUGUAAUUGCUUGCUGAAUAACUGAACAGUCUUAUUAAAACUUUUGUCAAACUGUUUGCAUACAUAAGUAUAGAUUAUAAUUUGUUUGAGCACACAUGAGUUAGAGAACACUUGUCUCAUCUUGUGUUUUAGCACAUGCUUCAGUUUUAAGUUUCUUGUGUGUCUUAGUAUGUAUGCUUAUAUAUAUGCCUGUGAAUGUGUAUACUUAACGAAUCCAACUCGAGUCCAUGCCAUUUAAAAUUAAUAACAUUGUGAAAAUGCCUCAGUGAUAUGUUUACAUUAUCAAAACUUUCGAGCUUAUAAAUGACAACAAUGGAUGUUGAAAAUACCUCAUAAAUAAUUUAAUGGUAAUGUGAAUGUGUCAAUGUGAAAGCAUUUACAUCACAAAACAGAGUACCAAUAGAAUAGCAGUAGAAAUACCUCAGAAUAUAUUUACAAUUGUCAGGAUUUUACCGGGUACAUCACUAAUAAUUAACCUUAUCAAAACAUUGCUUGUGUAGUAUUACAUCACAAAACAGAGUACCAAUAGAAUAGCAGUUGAAAUACCUCAGAAUAUAUUUACAAUUGUCAGGAUUUUACCGGGUACAUCACUAAUAAUUAACCUUAUCAAAACAUUGCUUGUGUAGUAUAAGGGAAUUUCAGUGUGGCAUUAUGUGGUGUGGGACAGUUCUCUAACCUCUAGUGUACCAGACUGCCUCGAGAGCUUGUCUGUGAGAGGUACCGAGUGGGUGGUGGGAAUGAUUCAUUGACUCAUUGCAUGGAGAUGACCAGUUGUGUGGCUACUAUGAGUUUUUACUUCCAUUUUUUGGGUCAGAGUGAAUUAAAAGUGUUGGAUUUCCAUAGAGUUUAGGCGACGUUUUGCAGACUCAGUUGUAAAGGGUAAUAUAAAAAAGUCAAACGAACCAACUGACUAUGCCUUGAAAAACGGAUCAAAAUAGACAAAGCAGCCAUACUGGUGUUGUUGAAGAAUAAUACGACGUUUGAGAAAUAAGGCGAUAGAGUGAAAUAUAGAGGCAUGUAAUCAUAAUCUCAUCGGUCUGAAGGAUGAUUUAUUUCACUUAUUAUAACCAGUAAUAGCAUAUAUAUAUCGUACUAAGUUCUCUAGCGUCUAUUCUCUAGCAGAUUGUCACUCCUGGCCUUGUUACAUAGCGACUAGUGGGCUGUGAUUCUCCUGUGUACAGUCAACAAAGAAAGUAUUGAGCACCCAUGGGUCAGUUGAAUAGAGUUUGAGCAAAAUAUAUAGACAUGGUGUUGUGUUAGUUAGGUGUGGACCAGCGUUGCCAAUUUGUCGUACUCUGAACAUUGCAUUUAUCAUUUUUAGGCCUGAAGACUGCCGCACCCACACAAACAACGAAAGAACAUUAAAGUUAGCGUUAAAACCGUUAUUUAUUGAUGCUUUUUGUGUUUUUUGCUAGAGUUAUCGUUCAGAAACUACGAUAGUGCAAUGCGAUGAGUAUGAUAAUUUGGCAACGCUGAUGUGGACCAAUAGACUAGCCAUUGGUGCUUGUGGGUGACUAUAGUGAAACCAGAUUGGCGAGAUCAUUUUUGUGUUGGCUCCCGUGGGCCUUCUCGCCAAUCUGAUUUCACUAUAGCAACCUUCUGACCACAAGGCACCCCAUGCGCGGCACUGAUGUUGGCACGCACAGUCGAGGGUCAGGGAAGGACGGCACCCCAAGCAGUCCACCUUUUAUUUAUUUUAUUUUUAUUAUUAUUAUUAUUAUUUUUUUUUUGUUUUUUUUUUUUUUUUUUACAACAAAGGAGACAGCUCAAGGGCACAAAAAAGGAAACAAUAAUGAAAUAAAAAAGUCCGCUACUCGCUGCUCCUAAAAAAGAAUCCAAAGAGGUGGCCGAAAGAGAGGUUGUGUUUACAGUGUGUUUAUCCAACUUUCCGAUACUCCCUAAGGACACAAACAUACAGUACCCGCCUAACUAAUACAACACCGUGUCUAGAUUUCGCUCAGAUUCUAUUCACUCGUCCAAUGGGUCUUUGAUACUGUACAAGCUCAUGGUAAAUUUACAUCUGACCCCAUUAGUUAGCAUUUAGAUGAAGCAUGAGCCAGUGGUAGGUAGGUAAGUCUGUCCGUACUAGUGGUGUGUGUGUGUGUGUGUGUGUGUGUGUGUGUGUGUGUGUGUGGAAGUAAGAGGAAAUAUUGUAAGUGACGAAGCGUUGGUGUUUGGUGUGAAAUGACUGAGACUUCCGUGUCAAAAAUAGAGAGAGAGAGAGAGAGAGAGAGAGAGAGAGAGAGAGAGAGAGAGAGAGAGAGAGAGAGAUUAGCACAUACCACACAAAA